GGUUGGUAAUGAAUGCCAGGUUUGCAUAGUGUCUCAUUCAUCCUUGCUGCCACUAUUAAGUUAAGAACACAUACAUAUAUUCUAUCUAAUACCAGUUCAAUCGUGGUUUUGUAAAUCCUUUGCCAAGUUUACACAGUGUGGCGUGCUAUAAACUCCAAGUUAAAGUCAUACGUACAUACAUACAUACUCUUUCAGUUCAGUGGUGUUUUUGCAAAUUGGCAAAUGUUGGACUUUGCCCAACCAUGACUAGGAGCGCCUCUCUACGAGGAGAAAGUUGGUGGGGGUCGGCACUCAGAGAAAGAUUUCUCCACCACCACGGCUUUCCCCAAUAACUCGGUUAGCUGGGACGAUUUGCGUCAUAAAACGGAUCCUAUAUCCUAUAUAACUUGCACCUUAUUUCGUUCAUUCAUCUAUACAUUUUAGCUCCCACUUGUUCCAGCCUUUCUCAUAUUGUGGGGUCCAGUGUUAUAGGCUUUGAAUACAGGUGCUACAUGGUUUAAAAGUGGCCAGAAUGUAGAAAAUCUUCUCUCCCGAUCCCACGCAAUUUUCUCUUGGCUGAACAUACGGCCUGGUUUGGAGAAAGUAACGAACGAAUUUAUUUUUUGACUGGCACUUUUACGUUGGUUUUAAUAUUAAAAUAAGACCAAGAUGAUGGAGAGCACUUUAAAAAUAUUGGUUUUCGUGGUGGGCAUUAUCGGGGUCGUUUCAGCCUCGUUUGAAUUUAAGCAUCACAAUAAUGAGGAGGUUUUGAAAGUGUUGGAAUCGGUGCAUCAAGCUUGUCCAAAUAUUACGAGGAUUUACACCCUCUCAGAAACUUCCGUUAUGGGGACGCCUCUCUAUGUGAUUGAGUUUUCGACCACGCCAGGACAGCAUGAACCAUUGAAACCCGAGUUCAAAUAUAUUGCAAACAUGCACGGAAAUGAGGUUCUGGGACGUGAGUUGAUGCUAAAGUUGGCAGAUUAUCUUUGUGAAGAAUAUCAUCGGGGGGACGCCAGCGUACAAAAACUGAUUCAGAAAACAAGAAUACAUUUGCUUCCUUCGAUGAAUCCGGACGGGUGGAAAAUUGCGACGGAAAAAGGAGGCACAGAUUACUUGAUUGGAAGAAGUAACGCGAAUGGCGUUGAUCUUAACCGAGAUUUUCCCGACUUGGACAAAAUCAUGUUUGGAAAUGAAGAGUACCAAGUUAAUCAUAAUAACCACUUGAUGGAUUUCAUAAGAGAGUUGGGCCAUCCAGUCCAACCGGAAACAUUGGCAGUGAUGCGACUCAUCAUGUCGACCCCAUUCGUCCUAUCUGCUAAUUUGCAUGGUGGCGAUUUGGUGGCCAAUUAUCCGUACGAUUCUAGUCGAACGGGAGCAUCUUCCGAGUACACGGAGACCCCAGAUGACGAUACCUUCCGCAAGGUCUCAUUGGCGUAUUCUACCCACCAUCCAACGAUGGGUGAUCCCCAGCGGAGAUCCUGCGAACCUUUAGAAAAUGUGAACUUUGGAAAAACUGGGGGAAUCAUUAAUGGCGCCAAAUGGUACAGCGUCCGAGGUGGCAUGCAGGAUUUUAAUUAUUUGUCCUCCAACGACUUUGAAAUCACGUUGGAGCUUGGCUGCAAGAAGUAUACGGAUCAGAAGGACUUGGAGCAAGAGUGGAAAAACAAUAAGGACAGUUUGAUCAACUUUAUGUGGCAGAGUCACAUUGGUGUGAAGGGAAUGAUUAGGGACGCCUUUACUGGACGCCCGAUUGCCAAUGCUCUCAUUCGCACGCAGAAUAUCACCCACAUUCAUGGCGAUGAGCUUGGAAUUCCGCGGGAUAUUAACCACGACACGACAUCAGUCUUUGGUGGCGACUACUUCCGACUCCUGACUCGAGGCGAGUACAUCCUGACGGUUUCCUACAAUGGUUACAAAGCACAAUCUCGACGGGUGAAAGUGAACAAUCUUAAAAUGACGGAAGCCACCCGGCUGGACUUUUGGCUGGAACCUCUGGGUCCAACGGAUCCUGAAUUCUCGGCGAAACAGAGCGGAAUGGACACCUUUGAAGACGUCGAGUCCCCCAGCAUUGGUACCUUCGGGGUGAGCACGGACGUCGAGGAUCUCCGAGGACCAGUGGCCAUGCCGAGAAUGUCGUCGUCCUCCAUUGCACAAACGAUGCAACGACAACAGCGAGAAUAUCCGCAUCAGCAACAACCGGAAGUGGCAAUUUCCGCACAAAAACCUGAACCCAUCUCCAAAGACUGGCUAAUGUAUUAUAUGCUCCAUAAUAUUGGCAACAUGUGAAGAAACAUGGUGCGAAAAAAAAGUUGAUAAGUAUAUGUUUUAAUUUAUUUAUUAAACAUAAUUUAUUAUUUUUCAAGGAGAUGAACGAUAUUGAAUAAUUCAAUUUUGAAGUAUUGAAAUAUUUUGAAAAAAUACUAGUCAGAAAAUCGUAUAUGUUUCUUGUUUUUUGCUGUCCUUCAAUUUUAGAGACGCUUUUGUUAAUUAGUUUGUGAUGAAAUUGGUGCUGGGAUGCUUUUCGAAGUGUUUUCUUUGAUUAAAAUUGACUUUAUUUCAUUAUGUAUUUAACAUAUUCAGUGGCCGCGGAAGCCGUGGGGAUAUGUGGGGACAGUAACAUUGUGGGAUAGGGGGAGUGGUUUAUAUAACAUGAUGGGUACGUCAAAUAGCCGUGGGGACAUUGUCCCUCUGUCCCCACCCUUCCGCGGCCACUGAACAUAUUUAUACGUACAUUUAUUAUAUCAUAGUUAUCGUUAAUUAUUUUAUAUAAUUUUGAACUUGUGGUGGAACAAAUCAAUCGCCCAACUAUAAAAUUUUAAGUAAAAGAAAUUAAAUAUAGGAAAUAUUCUUGGAUUAUAAAUAUUCUUUAUUAUUGGUAGUUUGAUCUCAUCAUUAAUUAAGCUUAGUUUAGUUACAUAUACAUAGUUUCAGAGGGAUAUUAACUAUUAUGAUAAAUUUCAUGAAUCUGGUAAUAAAAAAUGUUUACUUCCAUUUCAAAAAUCAUGCAAUAAAUUAUUGUUGAUUUAAA